UUUAAAGCGACAGCCGUCCUCGCUCUCUCCCCAGUGCUGGGCUGUUGGAGAGCUCGAGCUGCAAGCCACCGAGCGCGAGCUCGAGCGCGGCGCGCUGGCCGGGGAACCCAAGAGCGCACGGCGCCCCAAGCUGGCAGGCGCCGCGGGACCCCCCACCCUCGCCGGCUGCCCUUCCCCGGGCGCCCCUACCCUCCUCGCCCGCAGGAGACCCUGGGCUUCAUCGGAGGAGCUCACCCCAAGGGGCCAGGACUCCGGCGGGCCCGCCACCGUCCCCUCCAGUGCCGCCGCCACCGCCGCAGCCGCGGGAGCAGCAUGGUCCAGCUGGGGAAGCUGCUCCGCGGCCUGACUUUGAUGAAGUUUCCCUGCUGCGUGCUGGAGGUGCUUCUGUGCGCGCUGGCAGCGGCGGCGCGCGGCCAGGAGAUGUACGCCCCGCACUCCAUUCGGAUCGAGGGGGACGUCACCCUCGGGGGGCUGUUCCCGGUGCACGCGAAGGGCCCCAGCGGAGUGCCCUGCGGCGACAUCAAGAGGGAGAACGGGAUCCACAGGCUGGAAGCGAUGCUCUACGCCCUGGACCAGAUCAACAGCGAUCCCAACCUGCUGCCCAACGUGACGCUGGGAGCGCGGAUCCUGGACACUUGUUCCAGGGACACUUACGCGCUCGAACAGUCGCUCACUUUCGUCCAGGUGCUCAUCCAGAAGGACACCUCCGAAGUGCGCUGCACCAACGGCGAGCCUCCGGUUUUCGUCAAGCCCGAGAAAGUAGUUGGAGUGAUUGGGGCUUCGGGGAGUUCGGUCUCCAUCAUGGUAGCCAACAUCCUGAGGCUUUUCCAGGUGGGGGGGCGCUCCCUCCGGGGCAGAGCGCGCCGUAGCUCCCCGCGCUCAUUAUCCUGAAGGCUGGCUUGGACUCCAGGGGUGCGGGGUCUGGUCAGCCUUCGCUCAUUUCCACCCUGGAGAUCCUGCCGAAUCCCUCCCACCUCACCCGAGGAGGUACUUUCCCUGCUUGAUUCAUUUCCCUUCCAUCUCUCCCCUGUCCGCGCUCCACUCCAUCCGGCUUGACAUUCUGGAUUUAUGGCCCCAUUUAGAAGAAACAGUCUCCGAAAAACAAGGCGAUGAUUUAAAUGGGUUUGCAUUCGAGUGAAAUAUGGUUCCAAAACAGGCUUGUAAAAGUGCCGGGCUCCUGUGAGAGCCACCUAGGCGCAAGGAAUAUGAAAGAUGAGAAGACGCCUAGAAACUAGGCAUUUCUCAACUCCCCAACUUCCCUGCCCCAAGCCGCCCGACAAGCUGCAGCUGCCUUGGAAAAUUUCGAGAAGAGCUUAGGGAGGCAGUUCUUAAACCGAAGGCUAGGUCUUCACCUACAUUUGGACGUGAAUUGCCCAUUUCGCUCGGGUUGGAUUUCCCGGCCUGUAACCUGUCUCUGCGAGGGCAUGGGGCGAAAGGCGUGGGGACUGUCCUCAAGCGGGGAGAAGCCACCCGCAGACGUGCCCCCAGGUGAUUUGCUCUGGGCAGUUGUUUGCACCGUCUAAACUGCCUUUGCGAUCUGGCCACUGGCAGGAGCCGGGCGAUCAGCUUUCUACUCCUGCCAGCUCAGAGCCCGGAGGAGAGCUCAUGCUAACUGCGAAACACAAUCGCUUUCUCUGCACCCACCCUGUGCCCAUCCUUUCCCACGACCUCCCUAACGCAGCCCCCAACCCCAGUCCUGGGUUUUGAGGACGAUUCUCAGAGCCAGACAAGAAGGCGCCUGGAGGGAGGCAGUAGGGUGCGCUGAGCAAGGCCGGGCGGUCCUCUAGCUCCGGGUGCAGGCGGGCAACGGCGGAAGAUGCGAGGACGGCGGAUCGGGCCACGUGAGCCGUGGGCGGUGCUGCAGUGCUCUCUCACCGCCUGCUCCCGCAGCCUCGGCCCCACGGCUCCUGUGCCGCCCUGGGUAUAGAUGGAUGGCUUCUGGAUGAAGAAAUUGAGUUUCAGGGUCUGCGUGACUAUGGGUUCUCUUGUUUCUCUGUCUUUCUUCCUGUGUGUCUCUCUCCUUGUGUCUCUUUCUCCCUGCUGUUUUUUAUUUUUUUGUCUCUCUGUUUUUAUGUUCUCCCUUUCAAUUUCUGCCUCUCUUUUCCUUCUCUACCCCUAUAUCCAAGGUUUUUGUUCAUCUCUGUCUUGAAGUGAUCCUUUCCUAAUGCACAGCUCUCUCCCUGCCUGGUAGGACCCAAGCUCAGUUUGUCCCUUCUCCAGAUGUUCUGGCUGACCCUUAUGCUCCCCGUAGCUAAAAAGUUGGCUCCCUCUCAAGUGCCUUUCCUGAAACAUGUUGGGUUUCUGGAGGGGACUCCUUGUGAUUCAAGCUGUCACUACAUCAGCACCCAGGAGUAUGAAGUUUGUGUUUGUGCCAGAAGGAGGGGUGCCUGUCUAAAGCUGCAGCCUGGUAUGGCCCCUCUGAGCCUCUGAGCAUCUCUAACACCUCUUGAGUAUGCCACCAUGGAGAUCUCUAGAUGUUUGCAAGGCCAAAAGUGCUUCUGGGCAGCCUUCACUUUGAGGUAAUGCUUUCAGGAAGAGCCUGGGUUGUUGUAAGCAAAACCCAGAAGCACUUCCGUUACCUCUGAGCUUAAACUAGAGAACCUGAGGAGGCAGCGCUGCAGGGAGGAUGAGGCCAGAGGUCACCUGAGAACCACAGGGGCAACUCACAGUAGUUUUACUGGAGCUCUGGGGGUUGGAGGCACAUUUGCUGUUUGACAUUUUAAAAAUUAUUUUGGUGCCUUCACUUGGAGCUUGGGCAGUACUGCAGAUGGGCCUGCCUGUCGAAAAAAGAGUGAAAUCUUAAAGUCAAGAGACAGCUUGCCGACUAGGCUGAAGGAUUGUGUUUGCUGAAAAAGAUUCCAGGGGGAGCUGAUUCCUUCUCUGGUGUGUGGAUCUGAGGCACUUGCAAGAAAAGAGAGCGCUUGCCUUAUGCUUAGUUCCCCCGUUCCCUGGGCUGGGAAGGAAAGGAACUGAAUGCCAACAUUAGCAGUGUGGGUUGGGACCAAAACCAUUCAGAGAAAACACUGUCAUUUUCCUCUAAUUUGCAAAUUGCAGCUAUUCAUGUUGGAUUGAACAGCUGAGGGGAAAGAGCCCCCAGUUUUCACCUGCAUUUAUUGAGAAGAGGCUGGUAGUAGGAGGGAUGCACCAACUUGUAGCUUGUGCUGCAAGCUGGAUAUAAGCUUGGUGUGAGCAUCCUGGUUAACCACUGCCCAUGUUCAAAUAUACAGAGAUAGAUUCCAACAGUCUCUUCCCAUAGCCUUAUUUUUGCGUGUGAUCUUAGAAGCUCCUGUCAUGUAAGUCCAGUCCCCAGUUUCCCAGCCUCUGUAAACCUGCAAAAUGAAUAGAGAGAAUAGUGGAACACAGACCCAUUGUUCAAAGACACAGUCACUUUAGGGAAAGAAGAAAAGAACGGGUAGGUGAAUCUUCUCUGGGAUUGCAGGGUUCAGCUCAAUGAAGACUGUCCUGUAUAAAAGAAACUCCUCUAAAUGGUUGAAUUCUUAGCUCUCCAGAGAUCUGAGUUUUCUUUUCCCCAGUCCCUGUGGGUUGCUGUGGGGAAUGUGCCAAACCUAUCAUUUGAGAUAAAAAUUUAUGGUGAGGUAAGCUUCUAGGCUGGGGGAAGGAAGACUUAGUGACUGAAAUGGGGGAUGCUAAGCACUGGGGGGCAAGAAGGAACAAGGAGAUAGUAAUGGAUGUAACAAAUGCUGCAGCUGCCAGCAAAGCCUGGAUUGAACUUCCUUCCUGAAAAUGAGGACCUGGGCAAGAAUGACCACUCAGAUGUAAACAGUGUCUCUGACUGGGAAUUCUCAUCUGCCUGCCGGUGGGCCAGAGCUGAGCAAGUCCUUUCUCUCCUCUGUAUGCACACUGAACUGGUUAGUAAGUGACAUGUCAGAGGACAAGAAUCAUAUUCAGUGGAUCUUUCAAUUCCAGGAGUUUGAGGCUAAUGAAAUUAGUGUGUGGCCAGGGCUCUGCCAACUAGAAUUAAGUCACUGCAGCCACCCUGCAAUGCAUUUUCAGCCUGAAGGGAGCAUCAGGGAGGAAUUUCGGGAGAUUUGUUUCUGAGCCUGUACAAAAUAAUACUCUCCUAAUGCUAAGAAAGGUUAAAUGUAAAUUAAUAUUGACUACGAGUAACAUAUUUAAAAAAUAAUCGCCGAGUAGGGGAUGGCUUAAAGUGGAGAGAUUAUAUAAUAUGGUGUCCAAAGAAUAAAUCUCCCCUGACCACUGUUUCAUGGGCUAUAAGUAAGAUAUAUUACAAUGGAAAUUAAUGGGAACGUUUUUAGUCAAGGCUUCUCUGCGAUUGACUUGAGAGCAAACACUCUGAGAGUAUAAAUUACUCUUGCUAUGUGCUGACUCUGAAUGAACAAUAUUUCAUGUGCAGUGACAUGGUCUAAGCUAUAGACUUGGAAUUGAAUGGCAUCUGUUUCAAUUGUUUUGUUCUCUCAAGAGCAACUAGAUAGAAAAAAGUGGUCAAUUUGACCCCUGUGGGAGCGUGUUGCAAAUCUAAACCUGUGUCCCUCAUACCAUAAAUGAAAUACAUUUGUAAAUUUGUAAGUGUUUUCCUUCUGUUCAUUGAUGCUUGAGUAUAAUCUCAAACUUUGGGAGCAACACUUUAUACAUAAGUACUUGGUUUUCUUCCUUUUUUCUUUCUCUUUCUCCUCUCUCUGUUUCUCUCUCUCUCUCUCUCUCUUUCUCCAUCUUAUGUAAUUGGAUAGAACUGGGCACCUAGGAUGAUGUGGUGUUACUAUAGUGGGAUUUUUUUUUUUUUUAAAUCAACUCUAACUUACCCUUUUAAAAAUUUCAUAAAUACAGGUGUCGGUGCCAUUUGGAAUAGUCUCUAUAACAAUUUGUCUCCACAUUUACUGUGUUUCAGCAGAUUUACCUAACAGAUGGUGAGUGGGCAAUUUGUAAAGGGGCAUUUUUUUAAAAGAGCGGAGAGGGAAGGAAUUAGAGACAGGCACAUACUAUAUUUGAAGUUACCUCCACGUGUAUUUUAUGUAUGUAUACCCAUACAAUUAAGAAGUCUUUGGAUGUUUUAUCUUCAAGAAUAAUUCAGAUAAUGGAUUACUUGAAUAUCAUAAACAUUUAGGGUUUAACAGAUUCGU